GAUUCUGAGAAUAAUCGCAUUCAGCGUUUUAGUGAUAUUGUUCUAAAUACAGGCGUCUUCAAGGGUAAACUAAAAUUAGCUGAGUCUGUCGUCUCGGGUAUGUGGUCUAUGGAGGUUUUCCAAGGAGAUAUCAAGUUGGCAGAAAAAUUUGUUGAAGUUAAAGAAUAUGAGCUGCCCUUAUUUGAGGUGGAAUUGGAUGCACCCAGUCAUGUGUCUUUUAAUCAGGAAGCAUUUCUUGUAACAGUGAGGGCGCACUACACUUUUGGCAAGCCUAUAUCGGGAAACUGUCUAUUAAAGAUCAUCUCAAAGGGAGAGCGACCUACCAUCGAACGAGAAUUUCCACUGAUUGAUGGAAAAAAGGAACUGUCUCUUCAACUAAGUGAAUUUGGCAAGAAAAUUCAGAGGAUACAAAUAAAUGCCACCAUACAAGAUACUGUCACCUUAACCCAGCGUACAGUUUCGAAAACAGUUAGUAUUUUGGCCAAACGUUAUUUAAUCGACACACCGCCAAUGGCGCACGAAUGUGAUGGACCAAGCGACACAUUCACCUAUCGUGCGCGCAUUACACACCUCAAUGCAACGCCGGUUGAUGUCGAUGAAGAAAUUUAUGUGAAACUCGAUGUGGACGUGAAUGAAGAGCCUUCGAAAAUUGUUAGUUAUGCCGAUGAAAAUGGUGAUAUUGAAGCGGAAAUUACGUGUUCAAACUACACUAAUGUCAAUAUAACGAUCGAAUAUAAUGGAGAAACAUCGUUAGGGGAAAUAAGGCUCUCUCAACGAAGUAAUGGCAGUCAAGGUGGGGUCUACGUAAGAACGCAAAAGUAAG